UUCUCUCUCUCUGCUGCCGCGUGCCGAGGACAGUCAGUCAGAGGAGAAGCUAAGUUUGCUCUGCUCUCCUACCGGGAGAGCCUUCAGACACAUCCACAGGACUGUUUUCAAAAUGUUGGUGCUAUUUGAGACCGCCGCUGGCUACGCCAUUUUUAAAGUCCUCGAUGAGUCCAAGCUGCAGCAGGUGGACAGCCUGUAUAAGGAGUUUGAAACGGCAGAGAAAGCCAACAAAAUAUUGAAACUGAAGCACUUUGAGAAGUUCCAGGACACCACAGAGGCCUUAGCAGCCGCCACCGCCCUUGUUGAGGGGAAAAUUGGGAAGAGCUUGAAGAAGGUCCUGAAGAAAGUCGUAGCCAAAGAAGCCCACGAGCAGCUGGCCAUUAGCGAUGCUAAGCUGGGCGGAGUCAUUAAAGAAAAGCUGGACCUGAGCUGCGUCUACAGCCCCGCCGUGGCCGAGCUGAUGAGGUGCAUCCGGAGCCAGAUGGAGGGCCUGAUCUCCGGACUCCCCGCCAGGGACUUCAGCGCCAUGUCGCUGGGCUUGGCUCACAGUUUGUCCCGUUAUAAGCUCAAGUUCAGUCCGGACAAGGUGGACACAAUGAUCGUGCAGGCCAUCUCGCUUCUGGAUGACCUGGACAAGGAGCUCAACAACUACAUCAUGCGCUGCAGAGAGUGGUACGGCUGGCACUUCCCCGAGCUGGGAAAGGUCAUCACGGACAACCUGGCCUACUGCAAGACGGUCCGCAAAGUCGGCGACCGUACGAACGUGUCCAGCACAGAUCUGUCGGAGUAUCUCCCGGAGGAGAUCGAAGCCGAGGUUAAGCUAGCUGCUGAGAUCUCCAUGGGAACCGAAGUGUCGGAGCAGGACAUCGGCAACAUCCGCCACCUGUGCGACCAGGUGAUCGAGAUCUCAGAGUACCGCACCCAGCUUUACGACUACUUGAAGAACCGGAUGAUGGCCAUCGCCCCCAACCUGACGGUGAUGGUGGGCGAGCUGGUCGGCGCACGCCUCAUCUCACACGCCGGAUCCCUUCUGAAUCUGGCAAAGCACCCGGCCUCCACUGUGCAGAUCCUCGGAGCCGAGAAGGCUCUGUUCAGAGCCCUGAAGACCCGCAAAGACACUCCCAAGUACGGCCUGAUAUACCACGCCUCUUUAGUGGGUCAGACCACAGCCAAGAACAAAGGCAAGAUUUCCAGAAUGCUGGCGGCUAAAGCGUCCCUGGCUAUUCGAUACGACGCGCUGGGCGAGGACACGAACGCAGAAAUGGGCGUAGAGAACCGGGCCAAGCUGGAGGCUAGGCUGCGACAGUUGGAGGACAGAGGAAUCCGAAGAAUCAGCGGAACAGGCAAGGCGAUGGCGAAAGCAGACAAAUACCAGCACAAGAGUGAAAUAAGAAUCUAUGAUCCUUCUGCCGACUCGACCAUUCCGUCCACCUCGAAAAAGAGGAAGUUUGAGGAGCUCGAAGGGGAGACGAGCGAACAGGACCCCGUAACACCGGUGGUCAAAUCCAAAAAGCCUAAAAAGGAACCGCCGGCAGAAGAGCAAGAAGCCGAGACGGCACAAACAGAGUCGGGCAAGAAAAAGAAGAAGAAAAAGGACAAAAGGGCAGAGGAGGAACCUGAGGAGCCAAAGGAGGAAGAGGAGGAGAUGGCAGUAACGGAGCCAACAGAAAAGAAGAAAAAGAAGAAAAAAAAGAAGGUGAAGGAAGAAGAGGAUGAGUAAAGAGAUUGGACAGUGUAUAUACUUUAUUUUAGUUUUAUUUCUUUUAUGGACUUGUGUCAUAUAUUUUUAUUGUCAAAAGGCACAGCCGUAUUUUGGGCCUUUUUCGGCGUGAAAUCAAGCUGAUCUCAUUUUUAUGGAUGUGAGAGUCUCUCCAGUUAUGAGUGAAAUUAUAAGUAGUUUCUAAUGUUUAUUUUUACCAGCCUAAUUUCCCAAGUUUUAUGUUGAGACAUCUGUAUUAAACGAGAUCAAAUGUGAACAAUGAGGCAAUAAAUGCCGAUUUCUCAUUUCA